AUGAAUUUCAUCGAUCCUGAAGAUAAUCUGGUGGACUUCCCGGAGAAGUUUUUGAACUUACGGAAUGAGCUAAAUUUCAAACAUGAAGCCUUGCUGGAGGACAAGGAAGUCGAGAGAAGGGUGGCAAUCUACGACGGGCUAGUAGAGAAAGGGACAAACUUAACGCCUAUGGAAUUUAUGAUAUUUAUGGACCGGAGUUAUAUCUUUAAGUAUCCGGUAGUGAAUGCCGAGGAAUUAUUUGAGCUGGGCUCAAUUCAGAGUAGGUUCCUCGCCAAGAAACUAUGGAGCCCAUGGAGUGGAGUCAAUGUGGUUUCACAAGAAACAAUGGACUUUUUGUCCUUAUUCUUUGGAGAGGAUUUUCAAGAAGAUUUCUUCAGAAAGCCAGCAAUAGAAGAAGAAUUUAGGAGAAAGAUAGAGCUGGAUAUCAUGUUAGAAGAAAUCUAUCAAGCUUGGUGGCGGCCUUAUUCAGCGCUGCAGUUUGCAGUGAGGAGCCUGAGUAGGGCCGCUGAAAAUUCUCUGGAAAAGAUGGCGGCUGUUAAACUAGUCAAAUCUUACACGGAUAUAAACAGUCGGUAUGGAAGUUGGUACGUGCUGUCCAAAUUCAAGUUUCUGGAUCAAGCCUCAGCGGCCAAAAACUGCAGCGCCACUUCGAAGAACUGCUACCUGGUCUCUUUUGAGAGUGUAUCUGAGCAGAGAUCGGUGGCUCAGCUGGGCUUCUUCAAGAAGUACAAUGACGUCAUGGCCUGGAUAGGGGGCAAAACGCUGGACGGGGGGUCAGAGUACAAGUGGGAGAAAUAUGCUUGCACCAAUCAGGGCAAACUCUUGUUAUUUCUUGUCAGUGGCGAUGUGAAUUUGGAAAAAAUGACCAGUCCGAUAAAAGUUUCACUAAGCAGUCGGUAUGGAAGUUGGUACGUGCUGUCCAAAUUCAAGUUUCUGGAUCAAGCCUCAGCGGCCAAAAACUGCAGCGCCACUUCGAAGAACUGCUACCUGGUCUCUUUUGAGAGUGUAUCUGAGCAGAGAUCGGUGGCUCAGCUGGGCUUCUUCAAGAAGUACAAUGACGUCAUGGCCUGGAUAGGGGGCAAAACGCUGGACGGGGGGUCAGAGUACAAGUGGGAGAAAUCUGCUUGCACCAAUCAGGACCUGGACUUUGGGACCCAGAUGGACCCGGACACCAAGUGCUACUCUCUGGGAUCCUCAGUGACGUCCAAGUGGUACUGGCAGGAGACGAUUCAUCCUAGGGACUGCAUGGACUUCCAGUCCUCUGUCUGUCAGAUCAAAACACACGCACUCAAAGCGGCAAAGGCAGCUGAGGACAAACAGAUAUCACUCGCUUUAAUUCAACAUCUCAGUUCGACCUGCAACGCCCUCGACUGCAUAACAAACAAACACUGCUACUGCGACUUGUCCGAAAGAGCCAACCGGAACUGGAAAGAAGCGAUGGUAAGAUGCGGAACUGAAGACAUGAACAUGGUUGUCAUCAACGACCAAACCGAACUAGAGUUCCUAACGAAAAACGACGACAUCUCCAUUCGUGGGUACAUAGCCGCGCACGACUUCUAUGGCGACGGGAAACUGACUUGGGUUGACGAGGACGGAGACACGAAUGAGGCCACAGUCGCGGACAGUUUGGUUAUUUCGAACUUCACUGCACAAAGUGGCUGUGUUAACUUGAAGCGAGGCAGUCCCCCUUUUGUGUUGCAGAACUGUGACAUACCUGGUGAUGCACUUUGUGAGUUUGACGUUGAAGAUUUCAGCGCCAAAUGGCAAAAAAAGCAAGAUUAUGAAGACGAAGACGAGGAAUGAAAACGGUUUUCGGACUUUAAGACAUCAGCUAUAUUGUAACCCCUGUGAAUAUAUAGAUUUGACAAUAUUCCGAGAGUACUUCUGUUAUUUUACCACUUUCUGCAUUUUUAUAAAAAUAGCUAUAUUGGGUACAAAAUUGUAAUGAACAAUAGAACUUAGUCAACAA